UACCACCUCCACCAUCCAGGGCCUCACUACCAUCCACGCCUACAAUAAGAGAGAGCAGUACAUCCAGCAAUUUAAGGAGAUGAGCGACAACAACUCCAACCACUUCCUGUUGUUUAACUGUGGGACACGCUGGCUGUCCUUCUGGCUGGACUUUCUGUCUGCCUCAGUCACUCUGCUGGUGUCUCUGUUCGUGGUGCUCAGUUCUCCUGAUACCAUCAGCCCUGCUAUGAAGGGCCUGGCGCUGUCAUACACCAUACAGUUGACAGGUAUGCUCCAGUACGUGGUAAGGUUGUCUACGGAGCUGGAGGCCAAGUUCCUGUCAGUGGAGAGACUACAGGAGUACAUCGAGGGUUGUGUCUCUGAGGCGCCCAGGAGAGUUAAAGACGCCCUCAUCCCAGAGGGUUGGCCUCAUAAAGGGGCCAUCUCCUUUAAGGACUAUACGAUGAGGUACAGAGCGAACACCCCCAUCGUGCUCGAUGGACUACAGCUCAACAUCCAGCCCAGGGAGAAGCUGGGCAUCGUGGGGAGGACAGGCUCCGGGAAGUCUUCUUUAGGAGUGGCCCUGUUCCGCCUGGUGGAACCAGCCGCAGGGACUAUCUUCAUAGAUGGGGUGGACACCAGCGCUAUCGGCCUGGAGGACCUCCGUAGUAAACUAUCAGUCAUCCCCCAGGACCCUGUCCUAUUCAUUGGCACUGUCAGGUAUAAUCUGGAUCCUUUCAACAACUAUAGUGACGAGGACAUCUGGUCUGCUCUGGAUAAGACCUUCAUGAAACACACAAUCUCCAGUCUCCCUGAGAAGCUGCAGUCGGAGGUAGUGGAAAACGGGGAGAACUUCUCUGUAGGAGAGAGACAGCUGAUGUGUAUGGCCAGAGCACUGCUACGAAACUCCAAGAUCAUCUUGUUGGACGAGGCGACGGCGUCGAUCGACUCCGAGACGGACUCUCUGAUCCAGCACACCAUCAGAGACGCGUUCCAGGACUGUACCAUGCUUACUAUCGCUCACCGCAUUAACACUGUCCUGGAGUCAGAUCGUAUACUGGUCAUGGACGCCGGAAGGGUGGUUGAGUGUGACAGUCCAGAGGUCCUGAUGCAGAGACCAGAUUCUCAGUUUGCAGCUCUCCUGACUGCAGCCAACACCGUCAACACAUGAGCCUGGACACACCCAUCUGUAGUCUGGACACACCUCCAUCUACAGUCUGGACACAUCUCCAUCUGCAGUCUGGACACACCUCCAUCUGCAGUCUGGUCUGCCCUUCAUCUGCAGUCUGGACACACCUCCAUCUGAAGUCUGGACAAACCUCCAUCUGCAGUCUGGUCACACCUCCAUGAGUCUGGACACACCUCCAUCUGUAGUCUGGUCACACCUCCAUCUGCAGUCUGGUCACACCUCCAUCUGUAGUCUGGUCACACCUCCAUCUGUAGUCUGGACACACCUCCAUCUGAAGUCUGGUCACACCUCCAUCUGCAGUCUGGUCACCCCUCCAUCUGCAGUCUGGACACACGUCCAUCUGUAGUCUGGACACACCUCCAUCUGUAUUCUGGACACACAUCCAUCUGCAGUCUGGACACACCUCCAUGAGUCUGGUCACACGUAAAACUGAAGUCUGGACACACCCCCAUCUGAAGUCUGGACACACCUCCAUCUGUAGUCUGGACACACAUCCAUCUGCAGUCUGGACACACCUCCAUGAGUCUGGUCACACGUAAAACUGAAGUCUGGACACACCUCCAUCUGAAGUCUGGACACACCUCCAUCUGAAGUCUGGACACACCUCCAUCUGUAAUCUGGACACACAUCCAUCUGUAUCCUUGUCCCACCUCCAUCUGCAGUCUGGACACACCCCCAUGAGUCUGGUCACACCUCCAUCUGUAGUCUCGACACACCUCCAUGAGUCUGGUCACACGUCCAUCUUCAGUCUGGACACACCCCCAUGGGUCUGGUCACACCUCCAUCUGAAGUCUGGACACACCUCUAUCUGUAGUCUGGACACACCUCCAUCUGAAGUCUGGUCACAACUCCAUCUGCAGUCUGGACACACCCCCAUAUGCGGUCUGGACACACCCUCAUAUGAAGUCUGGACACACCCCCAUAUGACAUUUGGACACGACCCCAUCUGAAGUCUCCGCCCACCACAUGUGAUUAAUUGUCGGACCACCCCACCCCUCAACGCUUUCCCUGUUUUCCAUGGACACACAUGAAUGUGCAUGUGCCUGCGCGCACGCUUAUCCACAUAAACAUAUGCAAACACACACACACACGUGCGCGUGCAUACCUAAAGCCUAGGGCAUUAGCGUCAUGCUAGCAUUGACUAAGGAAGCAGUAUCAGGCAGUAACACCAUUAUGAAGUAACUAAACAGCAGUAACACCAUUAUGAAGUAACUAAACAGCAGUAACACCAUUAUGAAGUAACAAACCAGCAGUAAUCACAUUAUGAAGUAACAAAACAUCAGUAACACCAUUAUGAAGUAA